AUGGCACCAGACACGACCAGUCGAGAUCUUCACCCAGAUGUCCUUGGUGCCCUCCAGAGAGCGGCAAAGCGCCGCCACCGUAUGGCUACUGUCCAUAAAGAACAGCAGCCGAAGAAGCUCUACGCACGCUGUUACCAGCGAAUGCGAAAGAAGCUGAACAAGACCAAGUUUAUCUGCCUGCUGGAUGCCGACACGACCAAGUGUAACAUAUACUACAUCAAGAAGAGGUUUAUUGGGAGGUCGAAGCAGAAGAGCAUCAACCAGUAUUGGCGAGACUUCAAGCCAUUGUACCGGCGAUCCAACAAGGGCAGAGUCAUCAACGGGAAUGACUGCAAGGAAGUCGUCAAGUCCUACGACAGGUCGGUGUUUCCUACCGAGGCCGAUCGGCUCGACCUGCCGACAAUCAUGCUCUUUCAGGCGUAUACGGCCUGCCGGCCUGCCGAGCUUGUUGACGGAACCAAGAGCAGGGGCGGUGGGGAUCCCUUGAAGGACGAGCCAGACGACGGGAUUGGCCAUAGACCCAGCACCGGUGGUCCUCAAGACGUCAGUCGUGCCGGUUCGGACGAUGAUUUCGUACACGACGCUAUGCACGACGUCAUGCAAGUGGAUAGCUGUAGCAACGAGGACGCCGAGGACGAGGAUGAGAACAACGAAGACGAAGACAGGGCAUCAACCUUUGACGAUGACGGAUAUGAUAGUGACAUGACGUACGAUACUGAACUCGAUGACGAGGAAGUUGCCGAUGACGGCAGCCAUGGUGAAGCCGCCGGGUACUCUCGAACCUCUCAUGGCCCCGGGUCGGACGAGCUCGGCGACCCAACCCGGGAACACAAGGCACUCUGCUAUAAAAAUAUCACCCUCUGGAUGGUCAAGGACCCUAAUCAGGGCGGCAGAGAUGUCCUCGCAAUGGAGGUCUACUUUCGAUACCACAAAGGGACCGUCUUCUUGUUUCGCAAGCAUCCUCUUACGAUCCUAUGUCCCAUCAGCCACAUCCUGGCCCGCGCGAUCCUCGACGACGCUGUCGAAGUUGGCGGCUAUACCACCGCCGAACCCUUCUUCUCGACGCGGCUCGGGAAGCCCAGUUCCUACCUCAACCACCGUGUCGGAUUCAACGUGCAGGAUGCGUUCCUCGAGAGAGACCCGUCGGCUGAUGGCCUCACGUGGGCCUUCAUCCAUAUGAGCAUCAGGUACAACCCAGAAGUCCCCAGGGAAAUUCCCCGGGCCGAGCUCGACAAGAUUGAUCUCGACCCAGACAUCGUUACUCUUUCAAGGCGAGUUAAGCAGAUGUUUCACAGCAUCCGACGGGAAUAUAGGUUCAUCAAACGGGCCCCACAGACCAUUCGCGACGAGUAUCGCCAGCUCCAGAGAGAUCUAAGGAACGCCGAGAAGAAUUUUCGGGACGACAUGACGAGAGUGUAUCAAGAUGCCUUGCGACGUCGCAUCCACAAUGAAGAGCUAGAGCGGCAGCUGAGCGGGAUAACGGCAGCCGACGAGACAGUGUCCGCUGUCCAACACCAGCUAGAAGAGCGGAACCAGCUGCAGGCAAUCCUAUGCGACUUCAACAUAGACCUUGACUGGAAGCGUCUGACGGACCGCAAGAUACGUGCCAUCAACCUCAUGGUCGCACUCGCAUCCCGGCGGGAGAUGCGUGGGCCACGCCCAUCGCCGCCAUGCGGAUCGAGCUCUGCCGGCAGGCUGUCAGACCUACCGCCAGCAAUGAAAUACGAGGAGAUCCCGCUGGUACUCUCGAGGACGCAGUGCAUUUCCUGUGUGGGAGAUGAGACGCUGUCGUAUAAGGAUCGCACACGUACUUUCAGCCGUGUCUCCCACAUGAUGGACCACGUCGAGAACGUGCACCUGCGACGUGGUCCGGUCGGAGGAAGGUUUGUCUGCCACCAUCCUGAUUGCAAACUUCUGGGGGAUUUCUUGGAGAACCUGGACCAUUUCAAACACCACGUACAAACAGUCCACGGCGUCAAGCUGCGACAGUGA